AUGGAGGAUUGGGUUCUACUGAAGGUUUUAGGUGAAGGUUCUUGCGGCUUAGUUUGCUUAGCAAAACAAAUCACUAAAGAAGAAUCUGAUCUUCAUUAUUAUUUUGCUGUCAAGCGUGCUUCUCUUCGAUAUAAUUCUGCUUCAUUGUUGUGGGAAGAACAUGUCUUGAAACAUUUAACGGAUUGUCCGGAAAUUGUUCAAUAUCUAGGGAGUGAGGUAACUGGAGGAGGAGAUUUUCUUGAUGAUAAGGAACUUUACAAUUUGAAGCUAGAGUAUGCUGCUGGAGGGACAUUAGCUGAUUUGAUCAAACAAAGAAAUAAGUUACCUGAGGAUGAGGUGAAGAAGUAUCUUCAAAUGAUACUUAAAGGUCUUUCAUGUAUUCACCGUAAAGGGUUUGUUCAUGUCGAUCUUAAGCCUGAUAAUAUUCUUGCCUUUCCUCAAAGCGAUGGAAAGAUGAAAUUGAAAAUUGCUGACUUUGGACUUGCUGAGAGAUUUAAACAUGGGGAGGAUGAUCAAGAAGACAAAGGGUGCGAGCACUAUGGCGCAUUGAGGGUUAGAGCGACACAUAGAUAUAUGUCACCUGAAUCCAUCGUUCUCAAAGAGAUCGAUGGUUUGCAUGAUAUUUGGUCGUUGGGUUGUGUUUUGGUUCAAAUGGUUUCUGGAGAGCGAGUGUGGAAUGAUUGCAAAAAUUAUGAAGAAUUAAUGACAAAACUUUUGAAUAGCAAAGAAAUACCAAUAAUACCGAAGGAAUUAUCCAAACAAGGUAUAGAUUUUCUUGAAAAAUGUUUUGUUCGAGACUAUAAACAACGGUGGACAGCUGAUAUGCUACUCCAACAUCCCUACCUCAAUGAACAAAAUAAAGAUACGAGUGAUGAUGAGAAGCUUAAACUUCCAAAGACCGCUUUUUUGCCUCAUCAAUUCUUCAACAGAAAGGCUGAUAUGCUAAAGAACGGUGAUGAGAAGCUUGAACUUCCAAAAAAGGCCAUUUUUUUGCCUCAUCAAUUCUUCAACAGAAAGGCUGAUAUGCUAAAGAACGGUGAUGAGAAGCUUGAACUUCCAAAAAAGGCCAUUUUUUUGCCUCAUCAAUUCUUCAACAGAAAGGCUGAUAUGCUAAAGAACGGUGAUGAGAAGCUUGAACUUCCAAAAAAGGCCAUUUUUUUGCCUCAUCAAUUCUUCAACAGAAAGGCUGAUAUGCUAAAGAACGGUGAUGAGAAGCUUGAACUUCCAAAAAAGGCCAUUUUUUUGCCUCAUCAAUUCUUCAACAGAAAGGCUGAUAUGCUAAAGAACGGUGAUGAGAAGCUUGAACUUCCAAAAAAGGCCAUUUUUUUGCCUCAUCAAUUCUUCAACAGAAAGGCUGAUAUGCUAAAGAACGGUGAUGAGAAGCUUGAACUUCCAAAAAAGGCCAUUUUUUUGCCUCAUCAAUUCUUCAACAGAAAGGCUGAUAUGCUAAAGAACGGUGAUGAGAAGCUUGAACUUCCAAAAAAGGCCAUUUUUUUGCCUCAUCAAUUCUUCAACAGAAAGGCUGAUAUGCUAAAGAACGGUGAUGAGAAGCUUGAACUUCCAAAAAAGGCCAUUUUUUUGCCUCAUCAAUUCUUCAACAGAAAGGCUGAUAUGCUAAAGAACGGUGAUGAGAAGCUUGAACUUCCAAAAAAGGCCAUUUUUUUGCCUCAUCAAUUCUUCAACAGAAAGGCUGAUAUGCUAAAGAACGGUGAUGAGAAGCUUGAACUUCCAAAAAAGGCCAUUUUUUUGCCUCAUCAAUUCUUCAACAGCACGGCUCAACAAUCUUGUAAUGAUCAGUAGAUUUGGUAUCUUGAAGUUUAAUUAAAGCAAUU